CGGUAGAAUCAGCCUCCUGGGGGGGGUGAUCACCGAGGGGACCGACACCCAAGGUCACGGUGUCAGCAGGGCUCCCUGGACAGGGGGGUACCCCCCGCCUUCAGCGUGCCUCACUAUUCUAAGUCUGGAACCUGGGUUAAUUGUGGGGUGAUGGUGGGAGGAACUGACAAGAGUCCUCGAAUCCUCAGUAUGGGAUAACUCGCCAAAUCCUUCCCGUCCGCAUCCUGCAUGAUGAGGCUCCCCAUCUUCCAAGAUGAUAAGGCCCUCCUGGUGUCAUCCACUGUUCUGGUUGGGAUGCCUUGGAAUCUGUUGCGCUGCUGGCAGGGUCUCCGGGGAGAGAGAUGGGGGUCGUAAGGAAAGAAGAGUUUUGUGUGGAUUUCUCUUCCCCAGAGCUGUUUCCCGUUCAGAUGGAGGGUGUCAAGCUUACGGUCAACAAAGGGUUGAGUAACCGUUUCCAGGUGAACCACACGGUAGCGCUCAGCACAAUUGGGGAGUCCAACUACCACUUCGGGGUCACCUAUGUAGGGACAAAGCAGCUGAGUCCCACGGAGGCAUUCCCUGUGCUGGUGGGCGACAUGGACAACAGCGGCAGCCUCAAUGCUCAGGUCAUCCACCAGCUAAGCCCAGGCCUUAGGUCCAAGAUGGCCUUCCAGACCCAGCAGUCCAAGUUUGUGAACUGGCAGGUGGACGGCGAGUACCGGGGUUCCGACUUCACAGCAGCUGUCACCCUGGGGAACCCCGACGUCCUGGUGGGAUCAGGCAUCCUCGUGGCCCACUACCUGCAAAGUGUCACGCCGUGCCUGGCACUGGGUGGAGAGCUGGUCUACCACCGGCGGCCGGGUGAGGAGGGCACCGUCAUGUCUCUAGCCGGGAAGUACACACUGAACAACUGGCUGGCCACGGUCACGCUGGGCCAGGCAGGCAUGCACGCCACAUACUACCACAAAGCCAGUGACCAGCUGCAGGUGGGCGUGGAGUUCGAGGCCAGCACGAGAAUGCAGGACACCAGCGUCUCCUUUGGGUACCAGCUGGACCUGCCCAAGGCCAACCUCCUCUUCAAAGGCUCUGUGGACAGCAACUGGAUCGUGGGCGCCACGCUGGAGAAGAAGCUUCCUCCGCUGCCCCUCACACUGGCCCUGGGCGCCUUCCUGAACCACCGCAAGAACAAGUUCCUGUGCGGCUUCGGCCUCACCAUCGGCUGAGCCCGGCCUCCGCCUUUCAUCCUCCACCCUGCGCCUCCCUCCCUCCCUCCCGGGGCGGGGGCAGUGGGAACGGGGUUCCGGCCCCCCCCCCAGCAGCCCACCAGGGGGGUCUCAGGAUUCCCAGCGCCAGGGGGCCUGGGGUCCCGGAGGGGAUUCUGGAAUAUUCCGAGCACCGUGCAAGAGGCAGCCGGAAGACCUCAGGGCGGUGUCCCAGCAGCCGGGGGCCCCAUCGAGCCGGCCCUGGGCAGCGAGAGGAGCUCCCGCCCCGUCCACCUCCCCCUCCCCCGUAUAAAUCAUGUUUAUAAGUUAUGGAAGAACCGGGACAUUUUGCAGAAAAAAAUAUAUACGUGGAAAAAAAAA